AUGGUGACACCGGCGGCAAAGAAGUCACAAGUGGUCCCUGGAGAUAACAUAUGGGUUAACGUUGAUGUUCUUAUUACUCAUGAUGUCUGUGGCCCAGUUGCUUUUGGUAUCUUCAAGCGAGAGUUCAACCUUAAAAAGAUUACAGGCAACUUCCCUGCAAACGCAUCCUACAACAUUCAGAGGUUCAAAGGUGGGGACGGUGGAGGCGAGGAGGCUCGAGUAGGAGAAGGUGCAGUCCAGCUGUUUCAACUGCAGCUCGACAAUGUCUCUAAAAAUCCACAAGCCUGCAAAAAUGGAGGUAAGAGCAUUCAAUCAUGGACGAUUACACGUUUAAGUGACAGAACAGAGACAAUUGUUACUUACUUGACAAGAGUUGUAACUUGGGUCAGGAACUCAGAGAUAGACUCCUCUGUAGCUAAAUCAGAUGCCUUGGCUAUGAAGAAUCAUAUGCCUGCACUGAUUCUCAGCUAUGUGAUCUGA